GCGCGAGCGCAGUUCAAACUGAGCUCUCAGACUCAGAUGUGUUUUAACUUCUAAGUUGUGGCAUUCACUUUUUUUCGUCCCUUGGAUUAUUCGUAACUUUUGAGGGAGAAAAUAAAAAAAAAAUUCUCUUUUAACUCCCUUAAACACGACCGGAUUUAUUUUCGUCAUUCUAUAUUAUAUACAUGCGCUCACUUUCCGGCGCCUCGGCGACUUUUCUCUAUUCACACAUCUCUUCUCUUCUCCUUCUCACUUUCGUUCCACGGAAAGCAAGUAGUCGUGGGUCAACGCACGUUCCCCGCGACUAUAUGUGAAAUUAUAAUAAUAAUCGUUCAGCGAAAUUCUUAAAAAAUGCUCAACUAAAAAUCAUUUUUUUCCUGUUCCGAAAUAAUUUUCGAGAAAAAAAAAAGUGCCGGGAAAAAAUUGUUAUUAAAAAAUGAUUUUAAAAAAAUAAUUGUGAUUCCCCGGGGAAAAAUCGUUCAAGUGGCAGUGGGAAACUGCGAAACAAGGAUAAAAGGAUUUUCCGUCCAUACUUGAUUUCAUCCAAGAGUCUCCCAACAGUGCCAUAAAGACUGCCUUUCAAAAAAAGUUCCAUCAAGUCAGUUUCGAGUUCUGCCAAAAAAAAUCUAGUGCCUCUAAUAUCAACAUGAAGAAAUGAAUCAGCGGAAGAUGAGAAUUGCAUCAAGAUCAAGAUCCCGGGUCCGUAAAUGGCCCGAUGAGCUAUGCUGACGCAGAGGAGCCGUUACGAUAAUUCUCAUCAGCAAUUUUUCAUCCCAAUCGACAGUAAACAUUUGUCUUUGACCCUGGAUCCUCUAGACAUUGUGGAUUAUCAUCAAAACACAUCAAAGGGCGCUAUGGCCGCAACAGCAAAACGAGACCUCAGAAGAAAGUUCUCAGCAGAGACUUCUGGUGAAGAGGACAUCGCCGCAAUUGCAAAACAAAUUAGCGAUCACGCUGAGGCAAUUUAUCAGACCUGGAAGAGUCGCGGUCUCGCACCAACGGAAAUCCUCAAUUGUCACAACAAUGCCGCAGCAGCUGAUAAAUUCGGCAGUGCACUCUCCCCCAUUUCCGGAGGUGGGAAAUUAAACCUCGACGACUCAUCCCCCGAAUUAGAUAACAAUAAUCUCGAGAAACUUGUGAAUAAUUUCGUCGAGGAGGAUAAAGCCCGCGUUGCAGCUCGUCAAAGAUCCCCCGGCAAAAAUUUACCCUCCUCCAUUCAAUUCGCUCUGCAGAAAUUCGAACGUAAUUCCGUUCAAUCGCAGGUCAAGUCCCUGAAUACCGAAAAUCUCCACAAAUCAAAAGGGAUUAUACAAACCGCGAAGCUGAAUCUAUCGAAUAAUGUGAAGGAAAUCGAGAGACCGAAUAAUCUAGUCCUAGACGGCACGGAUUCCUCGAGUCUCAACACUUGGCCAUUAAAGAACAAAAUUUUCAACGACAUGAAAACGAAACCGCGACAAAAAACCAAAUACGGAAAUGCCAAGGAGUCAAUCUACCUCAAGGAAGUUGCUCGUGAGGAAAAGAGGCUCAUUGACGCCCUAAAGACUGGUACACUCAUCUCCGAUGAUACACGUGACGAGACGGACUCCAUUGUUUAUCAGGAUUCCAAUCACACGUCCUUUCCCAUUGAGGCAAAAUCUCUAAACAGAGAAGAUCUGUCCACGAUGUCUCUAGUCGAUUAUGCCAAGGUGCGAUACAGCGCCGCACAGAAUGUUAUUCAACCAAAGCCGAAGCAAGAAGUCAAUCCUGUUGAGCAGCAUGUUUCAAUAACGAGGAGUAAAUUUGAGCCUGAAACACAAAAGAGUCCCAAGUUAGAGGAAACCAAAGAGGAACGUGACUUGGUGCAUACAAGAUGGGGAGCGAAAAUUAAUGCCACGAGGCCAAGACUUGAGCAAGUUCCACAUCCUGAAUUGACGGUGCAACAAAAGCAACAUAUUAGAUCAACGGGUAGCGUUGGAAGUGGUAAUAAUCCGGUGAGACCAUUUUUAACGAGGGGCUCAGUUGCUGAAAGGGUUCUUAUAUUUGAGAAAUGUCCCAGUGAAUUGUUACUCGAUAAGAGAGGGCCCAGGCAACCGGCCGUUAAUACCACGAGGGUCAAUGACGUCAAUAAUAAAACCCAGUCGUACGUCCGAGAGAAGCAGAAGAAAAAUCUUCCACCGCACACAACAUUACAGAGACAUGUUAAGGCGAAUAAAAAUGUGGACAUCCCGCGAUUUUAUUUUCCCGAGGGAAAACCUGUGGCUCUCUCGCAAGUGGAGGCAACAGUGGCUCGCAUUGCGGCCGCUUUUCAAGUUCUUCCAGGUCAACGAGCAUCACGCUCUCAAUUCCACAUCAUUGCUAAGGCUUGUGAUUUGCCGCUUUAUUGGAAGGUCCCUCUGUUCCUUGCGGCUAGGGGCGAUCAAACAGGAUUCGUCGAAAUGAAUGCUUUCCUUGAAUUUUGGAAAGAACUGACGAAUAAGCAUCACGACACGGCAAGUAGAUUUGUGAGAAUAACGACAAAAGGAUUAAGAGACAGUAUUCUACCAGAAGACUUGAUUCCAUUGGUGCAGGAUGUUGUUGAGACUCAUCCGGGUUUAACGUUCCUGAAGGAGGCAAUUGAAUUUCAUUCACGUUACGUUCACACUGUAAUUGCAAGGAUAUUUUAUUGCGUGAAUCGUAGUUGGAGCGGGAAAAUAUCUGUCGCCGAAUUACGAAGGAGUAAUUUACUCUCAGUGAUUAGUGUUCUUGAACAUGGCGAGGACAUUAAUUUGGUCACAGCUUAUUUCAGUUACGAGCAUUUUUACGUCAUUUACUGCAAAUUCUGGGAAUUGGAUCGUGAUCACGAUCUUUUCAUUGAUAAAAUGGAUCUUAUGAGGCACAAUGAUCACGCGCUGUCAACGCGGAUGAUUGAAAGAAUAUUCAGUGGAGCAGUGACUAGAGGAAAUGGAAAAAAUUCCACCGAAAUACGACAAGGAGAAGGAAAAAUGAGUUACACGGAAUUUGUCUGGUUCCUUUUGAGCGAGGAAGACAAAAAUCAUGCAACAGCCAUUGAAUAUUGGUUCAGAUGCAUGGAUCUUGAUGGAGAUGGUUAUCUAUCAAUGUACGAACUGGAAUAUUUCUACGAGGAACAGUUACUAAGAAUGGAGGCAAUUGGCAUUGAGACAUUACCUUUUGAAGAUUGUCUUUGUCAAAUGUUGGACAUGAUUCAUCCGAAAAUUCCCGACAAAAUUUCCUUAGCUGAUUUAAAAACAUGCAAAAUGACAACAAUUUUCUUUGAUACAUUCUUCAAUCUUGAAAAAUAUUUGGAUCACGAGCAAAGGGAUCCCUUCGCAUCAGCAAGGGAACAUGACGCCGAUGGCCACGAGCUAUCGGAUUGGGAUCGUUUUGCUGCUGAAGAAUAUGAACUUUUGGUGGCAGAGGAAAAUGGAAAUGAUCAAACAGAACAAAUGCACCAGGAGGCAGUGACGGACGACGAUUAUGCAUCGAGUCAAGAUUUGAAUUUAGAAUCAAAUUCACAAGACGAUGGAAAUUCUGGUGGUCCAAGGGGCUCGAGUGAAUCGAGUGGUUUGAAAAGUCAUCAACCAAAGGCCGCUUAUUGCGAUAGCUGUGAUAGCGACGAUUACGCAGACAGUGACAAUUGAAAAAAUUUCGACAAAAGUCCUAAAAAAAAGAAGAAAAAAAAAGAAAUGUUUAGUUGCGAAUGAUCACGAGCGAAUGAUGAAAUUCCUAAAAAAAAAAGAAAAAUUAAAAAACCAAGUCAACAUUAGGUGAAGCUAUCAAACUUGAAUAACCAUAAACAAAAAGAGUUAUUUUCAAGAUAUCAUCAUCAUAUAAAUAUUAAAUUUUCAAAUUUCCUUUUCCGUCUUGAAAAGACUGUUGUCGGAAUAUAUAUUUUAGGGAGAAAUUAUUUUUUUCAUUGUAAAGAUUAAAAUAUAUGAACAUUUUCCGCUCUCGAGUUUGUUUAGCUUCCGCUUUCCUAUUUAAAAAAAAAAAAAAAAAACUGCUUAAAUAUCAUAAUAAGCAGAUAUAUAGAAUUUGUUUAGAAAUCGUGUGUUAGAUGUUUCAUAGCCGUUAUUAAAAAUUUUAUAUUCUAAUUUAUUGUUUCAUAUUUUUAUUCACUUGGCGGUAAAACGCGUAGAUAUAUAUUAUAUAUUAUUAUAAUAAGAUCUUUAUAUUGAGAUCUUGUAAUAAUCGAAUCUAAUGUUGUAUUUAUUACAGAAUUUUGCCAUUGUGGCAUUUUCGGAGAACGAUAUUACCUCUGGUAGCUCUCUCUUUAUCUCUCUUUAGUUUCAAAAAUAAAUUUCGUUAUAGAAAGAAUAAAA